UAAACUGCCAAGUGGAUGGAAAGUCCGUGCUACCAUGAAGAUCCAUUUACAGUUACAAAACAUAUAAAAUUGUUGAAAAGGUUCUUCAAAUUACAAAGGUGGUUGUUAUUGUUGUUGUUUGUUGCUAUUCUCCGGCGUUUUCUCCGUAGCAGCUCCGGCCGGCAACUAUUUGUAUGUAAAUACAUUUUAUAUCUAUGCCUCAUCAGAAUGGCAGCUGGCGGUAGCACUCAGCAGACACUGAGAAGAGCCUUUGGAGCUUUAAAGGAUUCCACGACAGUCGGAUUAGCGAAAGUAAAUAGCGAAAACAAGGGGCUUGAUGUUGCUAUUGUUAAGGCCACAAACCAUGAUGAAGUGUUGCCCAAAGAGAAACAUGUCACGACUAUCUUCAGUUCACUUUGCGCUACAAAAACUCGUGCUGAGGUAGUAUAUUGCAUAAAUGGUCUUACCAAGCGUCUUGCGAAAACACAAAAUUGGACAGUAGCUUUAAAAACAUUGGUAGUAAUACACCGUGCAGUGAGAGAACUUGAUGCUACAUUCCACGAAGAGCUAGUUAAUUAUCGCCGCGGAGCGCGUCUUAUGUUCAACCUUUCGCAUUUCAGGGAUGAUUCAAGUCCAAGUGCUUGGGAUUGUUCUGCUUGGGUUCGAACAUACGCGCUAUAUCUUGAAGAACGUCUUGAAUGUUUCCGCUUGUUGAAAUAUGAUAUACAGAAAAAUCAUUCAUUAUGGACCAUGUUUUUUUCUGAAACAAAUUCUCAACAGAGAUCGAUGGAGCUUGACAAUCCAGCAUUGCUUGAGCAGUUACCUGCCAUGCAACAACUUCUUUUUCGUCUUCUUGCUUGUAAGCCAGAAGGAUUGGCUGUACAUAAUAGUUUGGUUCAUUAUGCCCUUUCAAUCGUUGCAGGUGAAAGUGUUAGGCUAUAUAUUGCAAUUACUGAUGGAGUUCUUAAUUUGGUCGAUGAGUAUUUUGAGAUGGAGCGCCAUGAUGCUGUAAGAGCCUUGGAAAUCUAUAAGAAGGCAGCUAGUCAGGGGGAAACAUUGUCCGAGUUCUUUGAGAUGUGUAGUAGCCUUGAUUUUGGACGGCGGCAGAAGUAUGUUAAAAUUCAACAGCCUCCAGCAUCAUUUUUAACUUCCAUGGAAGAAUAUGUGGCAGAGGCGCCGCAUGUUUUAGCGCUCGAGUGGAUACAAAUAAAUGACGACGAACAUGGUACUCCAAGAGCAGUUCUUGCUCCACAGGCUGUUUUGUUAAUUGAACAAAAACAAGAAGAUGAUCUGGAAAAAUCCGAUCAAUGUGCAGACGAAUCACACAGCAACCAGAAUGAGGCUGCUGCAACCACUCUUGUUGCAGAUCUUUUGGGAUUCGACGAUUUAACCCAGGAAGCAUCUGAAUCGGAUGAGAAAAGUUAUAUCGGAAUUUCAGUUGUACCAUCUGGCAACUCGGUAAAUAGUGAAACUAGCAACGAUUCAGCAUCUCAAGCUACAAGCUGGGAGCUUGCACUUGUUUCAGCUCCAAGCUCUAAUGGGAAUGCAGUUUCAGCAAGUAAAAUGGCUGGUGGACUGGAUAAGCUAACACUGGAUAGUCUAUACGAUAAUGCUGCGAUGGUUACAGGAACCAAUCAGAAUGGCGCAUACCAGAUGGGGCAGAUAGCUCCUAAUCCUUUCGAGACUGGUGAAUAUAACGUUAACACAUUUCAGGCGCUCAGUAACAUAACACCAACAACAACGAAUUUCCAAAAGGUACCAAUGAGCCAAGAACAAGGUUUGCUAAUAAUACAGCACCAGCAGACAAACAUGGUUGGUUUUGAUUUAAAUAAUCCUUUUGGAAAUCCCUUUGUUGAUCAAAAUAUACCCAAUUCUAUAGUUGGUGAAAAUGUACCUUUACAUUUGCCUCAGAAUGCUAACUCUAGCUUAAUUUAGCGGCUUUGAUUCAAGGCCGGUUUACGAUGAUAUUUCACUUA